UUGUUAUCAUUAAAGGUGGUAUCCCGCCGAAUUGCUGAGAAGGGGACAGUUGUUCUCCCUGAUGACCUCGGUAAAGACGGUCAGAAGCUUGCUGAUGAUGCUUCUAUUUUUGACGUCUACAUACCUCUCCCUGGAGAAAAUGCGAGCUACGUAAAAAAUUACGUUUGUGAAUGGUAUCAGGAAAUGCUGAAGGAAGAUGGUUUAUCCUACUCGUCGUUCUCUAGUCUUGAAGACCGAUUUGCUUUGGGAGAGACAUCUAGGGCAAUGCUAAUAUGCCCUAAAGAUGUAGAAUGGAAAUUCAUGCGUUACUCCGAAGCUAGGGCCCAUUUACAGAAUGGCAUCACUACCCGAGCUAUCGACGAGAGCAAGAUGGUUGGUGACUUGAUGGCCCUACAAGUUCAGUUUAGCCUACCAUCCGGAUGUUAUGCUACGGUGGCACUACGUCAAAUCACUGGAACUGAUAUGGGCAAAAGGUCUAUGAAGUCCUUUAAUCUCUUCUACGCUCGAGAUUUUAUAUUUCUUGCUUUGUCUGUUUGCAGGCUCAAGCUGAAUCAGCAAGGAAUGGCUCUAUUUACAUGGAAGAGGAUGUCGAAGAAACCGCACUUGAAAUAG